UGUAACGAGCUCCUCCACACACUACAUAUUCGCGUGCGUUCGUGUGUUGAUCCAAAUUUGGCGCAACAGGUCCAACGGGUCAGGGGAGCAUGGAGGCGAUGGGUCAGGGGAGCAUGGAGGCGACGGGCAGGGAUGGCGGCCGCGAGCAGACCGGAACAUCCAGUUCCUACACCAUCAGCAGCACCUCAGGUACGGUCUCCACUGGCUACACGUCCAACGGCUCUCACCUCUCCUGGAUCUCUAUGGAGGCGGCCAGGCACUUCCGAGAAAUGGAGGGUGCCGACGAGUUUGUUCAACCAGUGAAGAAGACCCACAAAGAAACGGAGAAGCAGCAUACCGAGCUUGCCAUUGCCAGGCUAAAGGAGAUGUCCAUAAAAACGGCGAGAGAGAUGAAGAUAGAGCAAAUUAAAAGCCUUUCCAACGAAAUCUUUGGUGCGCCGUGGGUGAAAUGCAGCAUCCAAGGAGCCGACAUGAGUGUCCUCGAGAGGUGGUUCAAUAAGCUGGGGGUCGGGUGGGUCCUCCACGUCACUGCAGGGAAACUCGAGCAUACUCUUGAUGCAUCGAGCUGGAUCCGGGCUCUCUCCGAAAUCAUGGAUGCCUUCUGUCUAACGACGUCGCUGUUUUGUGGUCAUGAAGAAGCUCCAAAUGCUCAAGAAGCUCAAGAAGGAGCUGCUGUUACGGAGGGUAAGGAAGAAGAUAUUACGGACCUAUUCCAGUUUGCAAGCUUUACCGAACAAGCCAUGUUGCAAAUGCUCGCUUUUGUUGACUUCAUAGCUGCUCCAAAUGUUACUUGUCAAGUUUUUUUCACUGACCAGAUGAUGUGGGUGCCGGCCCCAUACCGGAAGCUCCAUACACUGCUCCGUGUACGCGGUGCUCUGUCCAGGAUCCGGUCAUCCUAUUCGCCGCCCUCUGUAGAAGCCGGAAGGAUACGGGUCCAGGUGUUCAACGUCUGGUCAGCAAAGGAGGGCAAGGUGAGUGAGGCCAUAUGGAGCACAAUGGAAGAGAUCAGGACUCGAAUCCUGGAAUCGAUUGAUGGCAGCAAAGGCUCAUCUGGUACUCAAACUCCACAAGGGUCUUCAGACAUUGACGAGACCACUAGGUCCUUAAUGAAUUACGUAACGUUCCUGCGGGACGAUCACAUGUUGGUGAAUACAAUUGUAUCUGAAGCUGCUAGCCUCGGUAAGUAUGUUCCUCGGAUUGGAGAGGUGCCACCUUUGUGGAGCCUGGCAGUGGAAAUGGUGUCUUGCCUAGAACAUAACCUUGUCAACAAGUCAGAAAAUUUCCUAGAUCAAAGCCUCAGGUUCUUAUUCUUGCUCAACAACUCAUCUUUCAUAAGGGAUCUACUCUCCUACACUUGUUAUUUUCCCAAAUCCUACAAGGAAACCUUCAAUGGCAAAGUCCAGGGGUAUAUGGAGAGUUACAUACAGAUAUCUUGGGCACCGGUGUUGUCGUGCUUUGGGAAAAACUGCUCCUCUCCUCAAAAAAACAAAAGAAAAAAUCUCCUCAAAAAAAAACGGAAAAACUGCUCCCCCCUGCCUAAAUUCGAGUCUGAGUUUGGCAAGAUCUACACUGCCCAAAAGCUGUGGAAGGUCCCAAAUCCUUAUCUGAGGAAAACCCUGCGGGAAGCUAUCAUAGAGAAAAUCAUUCCAGGCUACAAAGAAUACAUAGAGAAUAACCAUGUUACCACCCCAAAAUUCACUCCCCGGAAUCUGGAAGAGAUGUUGCAAGAGCUGUUUGAAGGAUGAACGACAUGGUACAUUUAGUUAUGUUUCCUUGUGUGUUGACUUUGGUAUGGAAUACAAACAUUGUUGCUUCAAAUGACACGCAUGGUUUCUGAAGCUGUGAGUGAAGCAGGCAAUAAAAAGCUGAAGCAUUAUAAAACCCCAUUUGGUCAUUUGCAUUUUGUCUAUCUAUCCUUUCUGAAUUAAAUAUGGAACAGCAUCGUUUCAAAAAUAUGGAACAGCAUGCAGAUAGCUGUCUGUA